AUGUCGUUACAACUCUUCCAACCUUACAGAAAUCUCAUCUUCCAAACCUUACUCACACUCUCACUCUCCUUUCUCCUUAUACUCCUCAAAGUUCCCAUCUUCUUCCUUCAUGGCCUUUUCACUUACAUCCACCCCGAUCAUCUUCCCCGCCAACAAAAUGGCGUCAAAGCUGCUAUUAGACGACCCUCCGAUUCCAAUUCUACCCUCACUCAAAGGAGAAAUCACAAAUCCAAGGACAAGUUUGAGUUCGAUGAGAAUAAGGCUCAGAUCUUUAGGUUAAAGCUUGACCAACCUCAUCUUCGCUCUCGAAUCUUUUUCAAUGACUACUGGUAUUGUUUUGUUUUCUCAUUCGUUGCUCUGUCUUCGUUAUUGCUUAAUAACUUCUCGGGUUUCAAUCAACAAGAUGGGAUUUUGGUUCCUGUGGUUUUAGGAUUUAUUUGUCUAUGCAAAUUGUUUAUGUGUUUAGGUAGAUUAGCUUUUGAGAAGUCUGCUUCUAAGAGGUCUGAUAAACAGUUGAGUGUGCUUUUUGGGGUCUUAGGCUUUAUCUUGGGCUGCUUGAUUUGUUCUGGUGCUGCUCGUGCUUUUCUUGAUUUUGAUUUUGGAUCAAUUGAUGCGAAAUGGAAGUUUUUUAUUUCUGUUUUGAUGGGCUGUUUUGCUGGGAUUUUGUAUAUGCCCGCCGCGACGAAUGCUCGUGCUUUUUGGCUUGGAACAGAUCAGUUAAGGUCUAAUUUGAGUAUGGUAUACUGUGGAUGGUUUGCUAGAAUGAUCCUGUAUGUUUCCUUUUUAUUGGCAUUUUUCUCAACAUUGCUUUGGAUUACUCCAUUAUUUGACAUUCUUAUUAAUAAGAGCAUUGAUAAUAGUAGCAGAACACAUUUGAAUUCAAGCGCCAAUGAUGUUCGAAAUACUGAAAAGUCACCUGGAAAUGAGGGUUUUAUACGUUCAGACUUUACAAACUUUAGGCUCUGGUGCUUGUUGCUAUCGGGUCUUAUUCAAAUUAUUGCUUUACGGCCAAAUUUGCAAAUGUAUUUGAAUGAAGCUUUGUUGUCCUGGUACCAGCGAUUGCAUGCCAGCAAAGUUCCCGAUUUGGAUUUUAGUAGAGCCAAAGUUUUCCUGCACAAUCACUACUUAUGCCUUGUAGUCUUGCAGUUUUUUGCACCUCCUAUCCUGCUUGGUGGGUUAUGUUUCUCUGGACGGCUUUUACUUCAGGUUGCCUAUUCUUGUACCGUCGUGGCAUUUUGCUUUUUCCACAUGUUGAGCAUAACUUUAGAGAUGUCUGAGAUUUUACAUGAGCUUUAUUUGAUUAUGGUGCUAGUAGCUGAUAUAUAUGUUCAGCGUGUUACUCUUGUUAAGUAG